UGUCCAAACUGCCAUGACUAAUGAGUAAGAGCUCAUGGGUCAGGCAUCUUUCUAGAGAAAUAUCGGUGGAUGCUGUUUCGGUCUUUACCUGACAGGUAAAGUUAACAGGUAGAAAGAUGAGUGACCCCGGUAAGCAAGAUAUUUCGGCUAUAUUCAAGCGGCUGCGUUCCAUACCGACAAAUAAGGCCUGUUUUGAUUGCUCAGCAAAGAACCCCAGCUGGGCCAGUAUAACCUAUGGAGUAUUCCUAUGUAUAGACUGCUCAGGGACACACAGGUCCCUCGGUGUACAUCUGACUUUCAUCAGAUCAACUGAGCUGGACUUCAACUGGUCCUGGUACCAGAUACGAAGUAUGCAAGUGGGUGGCAAUGCCAGUGCGAUGGCAUUUUUUGCACAGCACGGCUGCACAUCCAACGCUGCCAACACCAAGUACAACAGCCGCGCGGCGCUGCUGUACAGGGAAAAAAUCAAGACCCUUGCCACACAGGCCACCCGGCGCAACGGCACAGAGUUGUGGCUGGACUGCCAAGCCCCCCUAUCUCCUACUUCACCUGUUGACAAGCAGGAGGAUUUCUUCAGUCUGCAUAUACAGGCUCCUCCUAAAGAGUUGGUCUCAGCAGGUAUGAGCCUCAACUCCACCCUGGCUCCUGAGGAGACCCCCGCCAAGGAGCAGGACAAGGAGACGAAUGGCAAUUCAGAGGAGGGCCCUAGAGUGGAUGCGCUAAGUGUGUCCCCUAAAGCCACCGUAGAUCCCUCCUCUAUGUUAAAGAAGAAACCAGCGGCAGGAAAGAAAACGCUGGGCUCCAAGAAAGGCGGUCUAGGGGCCCAGAAGGUGAGCAGCCAGAGCUUCUCUGAGCUGGAGAAGAGGGCUCAGGCUGUGGAUAAGCUCCGCGAGGUGGACAGCACCACCACUAAGAAGAAGACCCCUCAACCAGAAGAACCCAUAGCUUCCUCUCUCCGUCUGGCCUACAAGGACCUGGAGGAACAGAGGAAGAGGGGGGAGGAGAAAAUGAAGGGAAUGGAGGGGAAGAAGAAAGAGCAGGCUGAACGUCUGGGCAUGGGCCUGGGCAGCAGGAGUGGCGUGUCUCACUCUGUGACAUCAGACAUGCACAUCAUUGAGCAGGAGAGCCCAGUGGGGGUCAAGACCACCAAAGCAAAGAAGUACAUAGAUGAAGAGGAGAACGAGGGCUCCUUUACGUCCAGAAUGUCGUCAAGGUUCGAUGACCAGACAGAGACCUCGGAUAAGUUCUUCUCUCAGUGGGGUGAUGCUGGAGAGGGUGGCUGGAGGAAAGAGAGCACCAAAGCCGAGCCUGAUUUCUACCUGAGUGCCAUGACCUCCUCAUUGGACGACAGGAUCACGUCCAGACGGAAACCCGAACCAGUCCCCAUCACAGACUUGGGCGAAGCCCGGAAAAAGUUUGGUGACGUGAAGGCCAUCUCCUCCGACAUGUACUUCGGCAAGCAGGACGAGUCGGAUUACGAGGCCAAGACCAGGCUGGAAAGACUGUCUGGGAACUCCUCCAUCAGCUCGGCCGACCUGUUCGACGACCCGAAGAAACAGCCAGCAGGCUCGUACCGCCUGACCAACGUGCUACCCAACGCCCCGGACAUGUCCCAACUCAAGCUGGGGGUCCGGAACGUAGCUGGAAGGCUGUCUGUCAUGGCCAGCGGGGUGGUCUCCUCCAUCCAGGACCACUACAGCACCUAAGUCCAGUGUGAAACACUGCAUUUGGCAGUGGCACACCCAUUGGGGAGGGGUUGGGGAUUGAGAAGGUGGCUAUUGACACACAGAUGUAUGAAGGACACAUGCACAUACCAAAGGCUGCCAUACAAGAGAAUGGGUAAAAGAGUUGUAGGCUCUGAAGGAAGAGAAAAAGGUAUGGGUUAACAUCCUGAACAGCAGAAUAUAAAACAUGUCUCCAUAAAGAGUUUAGGAUUUAGCUAUAUGUAAAAAAGAAAUGAAUUAAUGGAGUGUUAUUAUGUCAUGGAAUCCUCUAGGAACUGAGGGUGAUAUAUGCUGGAAGGCUUUUCUGUAUAACGAAUUUGGUUGUAUAAAGUAAUUGUUUUGGCACUGUAUUAUUUUUAAUACAUUUUGAAUGCGAAUGAUUAGCCUAUUUCAUUUUUUACGUUAACUUGAGAUAUUCAAAUCUUGUUAUACACAGUACAAUUAGUGGGUUUUGGAGGGUAUUUUAUUUUCUCCCCCCCCCUCCCCCCCUUUGUACUAAUAAUGGCAGGGUUUCCCAGAUUCGUUAAGAAGCUCUUAACGCUAAGAGCUUCUUAGGAACGUUCUAAGAACGCUCUAGAACGCUCCUAAGAAGCUCAUAGCGUUAAGAGCUUCUUAACGACUCUGGGAAACCCGGCCAUUGGUGAUUGUAGAAGUCAUGCUGAAACAUCAGACUACUAGUUAUUUUUCUUUGUGUGUUUGUUUUCUUGCUCAGACUAUAGCCCGUGUUGACGCCUAAUCUAUUGGUCUAGCCUCUGGCUAAUACCCAAGUGACACCGAUUGAGGCACUUUAAAACACAAUGUGCAAUGGGUGUUUGACUCAAUGUGAACUUGUCCAGCAAGCAUGGCGGAGCGUAGCUAAUCAAGAAAUGGGUGGAUAUAGUUGUUUGUAGUCUGUGGGUCGACUCACAGAUUGUGGCCAACAGAUCUUGAUCUGGAAGUGUAUGUGUAGCGUUCAUUCAGUGCACAUAUCCCUUAUUUUCAUUGCUUUGAAAGUGCCCUUAUUGUCCUCUAAGUGCACUUACAAUUCCAAACACAAGACCAAGAUGGCUACAUGUCAAGAAGGCCGGCCUUAUAUUUUUCUGAAAAGCAUUGAAUCCUGAAGGGGGGACCAAGGGUUAACUUUUCUCUCUGUGUAUUGGCACUGUAUUUAAUACUUUGUUUUUCAAAGUGGGAUGUGUUGGCCGUUUAUAGAUCACACAUAUUAUACUGAGGGGACUGAUUUAUCUGAGUUGUACUUGUAUUUUCUGAUAAGAGACAAGGAGACCACUUUGAAUAAUAAAACUCACCAAAUUGUAAAUGGAUGGUUUAGGCUGCGGUAAGGAAAUAAUUGGCCAAUUAUUAUUUAUAUUAUUAUUUUUUUUGCCAGGAGUGACAAAGGAGGAUGAGGCUGCAUUAGAUUCAUAGAGAUGUUUAAUAUAACUAUUCUUAUAUUUGGCUACACCUAGACUGACCCUGAUGGGUGGCACAACUGUUGCACUACUUAUUAUUGUGAUGUGACCAUUUGUUGGAUGACCUUACACUUGGGCACUAUAACAUGCGAUGUCCAGAAGGAAGGUGUGUUUACUUUAAUGAAAGUGUUUUUGCGGUGGUUUUGAGUUUGAGUGGCUGUAAUUUAGUAACUGUUUUAUUGCUGGAGUCGGUGAACUAUUUGUAACUGAUGGUGCCUAAUCCCAAAUCAAGCCUUGCUCCUUUCUCUAAGCAGCAUUUCAGAUCUUGAGAGGUAUGGUGGAAUGGCAUAAUUGUGCCUCACACCAGCUUGGCUGUUAUUGCUACAGUUGAAUACCUCCUGCAAAUGCAUAGUGUUUUGGUUGUAAGCAUCUGAUUUAGGAUUGGGUUCUAGACAAUGUUAUAGCACACUGCCCAAUUUUCUCUUUCAUGUAAUCAUUUUUAUACGUACUCCAUUAUAGAAUGAAGAAAAUAUAACAACAAACAUAUUUAUGUAUGGUAAAAGUUGUCCUUAUGAAUCUGAAUCACAUAAAAGAUAAGACAGAAAUAGGAAUAAUACGGUUCAUCUUUUUACAUUUAAUUUAUGCCUUAAUCCAAAGAGUUGCAUUGUAGCACGUUUGCCCUAAAAACAGUAGACAUGGUGGAGUCAUGUAGGUAUCUGCAGUUUAUGUUGCUGUGGGGUUUUUUGUUUUAAUGCACACCUUUUGCACCUGCUUCAUUUUAGUUUUUUUCCGUAUUAUUUACCCUAAUGUUACCAUAAACAUGAGAUCCAGUAAAUUCAGGUCAUUGUGAUGCUUUUGUUUUGUCUAGAACUAUUAAAUGAUAUAUACAAAGUAAUGUUGAUUUUGCAUGGCUCUUCAGCUUUCAUUGUGCAUCCUGACUUAACAAUGAUCUCAAUUUUAAUAUCUCAAUACUUCAGUUGGUUAGUUUACAUUGAGAGCUCACAUACACCAAUACAUGGGGGGGUAAAUAGAUAUACGCUUUAGUAGAAAACAUUUUUAUAAAAUGAUAAAGAAAAUGUAUGACGGCUAUUAUUAUUUAUACAUUUUCAUGCUUUAUGUAGUUCAAAUGAGGCAUAAUGUCAUUUGUGAAAAUGCCAAAUAAACUGUUACUCCCUUAGACCUGUA